UUACAGUAGUUAUAUGUGAGUAUAUAGUCAUAUAUAGAAAUAUAAACGCACUUGUUUGUGCAUGUGCACACAUUUUCCUGUUGAGAAGAGCAUGGCUAAGAUGUGAUGGACUAUAGUACUGAAACACAUUUUAUAGCCUAUGAGGUACGUACGAUUAAACACCUGAAGCAUUUUUGUAUGGUCAUAUUGACGUGUAACCAGGAGAGGGUUUGCUGACAGUAUUUGUUUAUGUUGUUGACAAACUGCUAUCGGAAUUGAUUCUUGUAGUGUCUGAUGUUUGCGGACUAAUUCUUAUUGGUUUGACGCUAGGUGAAUGUUGAGUGUGCAGAGUAUCAAGUCGAUCUUAUGGUUUCAGCGCCACUGAAAGUGACCUUAAAAACGAUUCAAGAGGAGAAAAGCCUGGUACGAGCUGGUGGAGCUGUUAGUCUGGCUUUUCUUCUGGAGCUGGGCUUACAAGCACAAGACAGGAGAAGACUGUUUGUUCGGUAUUUGGAGUUACCUAUUCGGGACGACAUGUGUCCUGUACACAUUGUAUGGCAAACUGGCCAUUUGCAUUACUGCUCAACAUUGGGUGAUAAAAUACAUCGACACUCUAGUGAAGAUUUAUACAAUGCAGCUGUGGUGGAAUUGCUUAAAGAAGAGCUAAAGAAAGAGAAGAAGCUAUUUUCAUAUAUUGAAUAUGGUAGUCGAAGAGGUCAAAUAUCAUUGCCAUUAGCUGCUGCAUUUCCCAACAGCACAUUUAUUAGUCUGGAAUCGAGCAGGAAAUCGGCUCGUAAGCAUUUUGAAACUAUAAAGGCAAAGAAAUUAUUUAACAAUGUAGUUGGUAACAUUGCCUCUGAUUCUACUCUUCUGCGGAAACUUCUUGAGAGCCCAGACUUUCUUCGAUUCCAGUUUAUUGGUUUGGACAAAUUUUUACAGAUGAUUACAGAAAUGAAUAAAGAUGACAUUGGUCUAAUGCUGGGAGAACUGUUUGCAACAGGAUUGACAACAUUUGUGCAGAUGCCUUCAUCGCAGGCAUUAUCUCUUGCUUUAUCCACCUUCUUUCCCACUCUUAUGCCUUGUCUAGUAGGACAGAAAUCUUUCAUGAGAGAAGACCAUCCUUUGGCUGUCUUCAAAUACACUGAGACGAGACUUGCUGCUGAGAGUGCUAAAGCUGAUGUGACAAACAAUGUGUCAGCAAGCAUUGUUAAGCCAAGUUAUGGACCUCCUGACCUGGUACAUAGCUGGCAUGUACUAAAGGUGAACAUACAGAACCUUACGACUCAGGUUAAUCAUCACUUUGACUAUGAACUUGAUGGACACAAGAGAAAGUAUAAGCAGCACUGUAUAUCAAACAAGACUGGUUGGGAAAUCUUCCUUACAAGAGAAAUUGACGGCUUUAAAAUUCCUUAUAAUGUCCUUCAAGGCGUUUCUCUGAUUGCUCUUCUUCGAAUGGGUUUGCUAGAAGAGGAAAAAGACAUGUUCUAUGACAUGUUUGUUCGAUUGCCACUUUAUGAAGACAUGGCACCAUGGAAUAUCUUAUUUCAAGGUGGCAAGUUAACAUACAUUGAUUACGAUACUAAGGACUUUACAUUCAACAAAAUGGUGCCUGCUGCAUAUCAGGUGAUGUCAAUGUUGAUGAAUUACCAGAGAACUAUCCAAGAUUUUGGUCACUGCAAUGGAAAUGCAAGAAACGAGUAUGGAUUUCCAUACAUAUCGACAUGUGUUGAGUCUGACUUCAGUGGCCCAUGCAAGGACUCAGCCAAGCCUGUUCCUUGUGGUGAUUAUUCAUGUCGUUCUACGUAUGUUGAGUGUCUUCAGGUGCUGAAUGAAUUGGAGUUUAAACGAAAUCAACUGCUCAAACGUUUUGACGUUAUCCACAAGAGUGGAACAACUGCAGCUCCUGGUAAUUUCGGUGGUUCAGAUGUCACUAUGCUGGACAAUGGUGGAUGGGUAUACAACCAGGAUGGCAUCAUUAUAAAGCAAGAGAAGUUUGAAAAGCUUCCUGAAUAUAACAAACCUGAAGUCAAAUGGAGACUCUAAUUGACUACUUUAGCACAGAUGACUUGUUGUGUAUAUAUAAAAGAACGUUCUCAGUUUGAGAUAAUUAUCAAUUUGUUGAUGUAUAUCGAGUAGGGUAAACAGGGGUAAGUAAAUCCGUGAGUAAUUUGAUACA